CAAUCGACCGUAGGAAAAGACUUGAACGAGCAGUAAACGAUUUUGAUUUUGAUAAGGAUACAAAGAAUUAGUGGGAAAAAGUUCAAAUUAACUGAGAUUGUGUCAAGAAAAAGUGAAAAAAAAAAUUAGAGAAAUUUCAGAAUGUCUCCACGAAAAAAGCGUGGACCGCCGGCCAAUGCUGAAAUACUGCGAGAACAAAUACAAUUGUUGCAAACAGAAAAAGAGCUAAAGAAAUCACUGGAAACAAUCAAAGACCACAUUAACAAAUUACUAGUGGAAGAGCUAGAGUUAAAGUCGGCAUUGGCGCGAAGUCAGAGCACACAAAUGUACACAGCAACACCCAAACAAGAGCCAAUCAACCCGGUCUACCAAUUUGAUUCCGUAAAUACGAUCAAUGAGCAAAAACUGAAUCUUUUUCCUGCACAGAGAAACCAGUCGAUAGAAGAAUAUGACGAGGAGUAAAUGACCAUUUAUAUUUUCUUCCGAAAUAGUGCCUUUAUUCUGCUAUAUAAUAAUAAAAAAAAA